GUCGGAGGGAGGGUGGUUCCUCCGCCCCACACCCAGCGCCGAGCCGGAUAUAUAGAGUGGCACGCUUGGGAGCCGAAAGACCAGAGCAGUCUCCUGGUGGCCGAGUACCUGCCGUACCCUCGGGCAGCGCCGGAACUUAGCGGAACACUAGUUGAACCCACCCCGAGCCGAGCAGGACCAUCUUUCCGGAGCUAUAAAAGAUAGAAGGAGGAACCAUGUCCAUGAUUGCAGCUUUCUAUGGAGGCAAGUCCAUUCUCAUCACGGGGGCCACAGGAUUCCUGGGCAAAGUGCUGAUGGAGAAACUGUUUCGUACCAGCCCCAACUUGAAAGUCAUUUACAUCCUUGUGAGACCCAAGGCUGGCCAAACACUCCAGCAGAGAGUUUUCCAGAUUCUCAACAGUAAGCUAUUCGAGAAAGUCAAAGAAGUCUGUCCCAACGUGCAUGAGAAGAUCAGACCCAUUUGUGCGGAUCUCAACCAGAAUGACUUUGGCAUCAGCAAGGAGGACAUGCAGGAGCUUCUGUCCUGCACAAAUAUUAUCUUCCACUGUGCAGCCACUGUACGCUUUGAUGACCCUCUGAGACACGCCGUGCAGCUGAAUGUCACUGCCACCCAGCAGCUCCUGCAGAUGGCCAGUGAGAUGCCUCGGCUGGAAGCCUUCAUCCAUAUCUCCACAGCCUACUCUAAUUGCAACCUGAAGCACAUUGAUGAAGUGAUCUACCCAUGCCCCGUGGAGCCAAAAAAGAUCAUUGACUCCUUGGAGUGGUUAGAUGAUGCUAUUGUUGAUGAGAUUACUCCCAAGCUAAUCGGGGAUCGGCCCAAUACUUACACCUACACCAAGGCCUUGGGAGAGAUGGUGGUGCACCAAGAGGGCAGAAACCUGAACAUUGCUAUCAUCAGGCCCUCCAUUGUGGGAGCAACCUGGCAGGAGCCUUUCCCAGGUUGGGUUGAUAACCUAAAUGGACCUAGUGGCAUGAUUAUUGCGGCUGGGAAAGGAUUUCUUCGGUCCUUAAGAGCUACUCCAAUGGCUGUGGCAGAUUUAAUUCCGGUUGAUACAGUUGUCAAUCUCACCUUAGCAGCAGGAUGGUACACAGCAGUUCAUAGACCUAAAUCAACAUUAAUCUACCACUGCACAUCUGGUAAUCUCAACCCCUGUAAUUGGCUCAAAAUGGGUAAGUGACUUGAGCGA